AUGCGUUUUCUGUUUCUGCUGGGCACAGUCUUCCUGCUCUGCUCAGAUGAGGGUGAGCCCCACAACGCUCACAAAGAAACUUCAGUCAUGUGCUUCAGAUGUAAGAGGUAUCAUCUUGGGUGGUGCUAUGAUUUCAUGAGUUCCUGCAAGCUACAACAUAAACAGUCCUGUGCUACUGAGAACUUUUACAUCCUCACACAUAAAGGGCGAAGUAUGUAUCAUUAUUCAAAACUGUCUUGCAUGACCAACUGUGAAGACAUCAACUUCUUGGGUUUUGAGAAGAGGAUAGAACUCAUCUGUUGUAAACAUAGCAACUACUGCAACCUCCCUGAAGGCGUCUAG